AUGGCGCCCCCCACCGUCCUGGUCAUUGGCUGUGGCGUAGCCGGGCCUGUCAUUGCGAUCCUCCUCAAGCGAAAAGGUUAUCAUCCGAUUGUCUUUGAAAAGGUUCGGGAACUGGGCAAUGCCGGAGCGUCAUUGAUGCUCAUGUCGAAUGGACUUAACGUCUUUGACUUGAUUGGAGUCGCAGACGCCAUCAAGGCCGAAUCCCUCCCUCUCACGACCCUCUGGGAUGCCAAAGCCUCGGGUGAGAUCCUAGGACAGUCCAACUUACCGAGCACCUGGGCCGAGAGCUAUCGACAGCCUGCUGCUGGCAUCAAGCGGACGACGCUCAAUCUGCUUUUGAAGGAGAAGGCGGGUGAGGAGGGCAUCGAGGUCAGGGAGGGAUGGGCACUGGUCGAUAUCCAGGAGCACGAGGACUCGGUGACGGCGACUUUCGGCAAUGGACAGUCAGUGACGGGGUCGUUUCUCGUUGGAUGCGAUGGCAUCAAGUCUGCUUCAAGAGCUAUUCUGCAGAAGCAAAGGGGGGUUGAAGAAGGGCUUCCUUCAUAUACUGGUCUUACACAGACGGCCUUCAUUUCAGAAACACCGGUGGCUCUUCAAAACACGGCAGCAAUGCGCAACUGGUACGGCGACGGAGUCCAUGUCAUCGCCUACCCAGUAGGCCCCAAGACAAUGUCAUGGGCCCUCACGCAGCGAGAGACUCAAGAGAGAGAAGAGACGUGGCGCCCCUUUACCGCCGACGAGCUGGAUACCCAGCGGGACGCCCUGUGCAAGCUACUAGAUGGCUGGGACGCCAGCAUCGCUCAGGGAGUGAGAUCGGCUGAGCGCAUCAUCAAGUAUGGCCUGUUUGACCGUGAAGAGCUGAGGCCGGACCAGUGGUUUUCGCGACGUUGCGUACUGAUAGGAGAUGCCGCACAUCCUACGAGCCCUCACCUUGGACAGGGUGCCAAUCAGGCCAUGGAAGACUGCUACCACCUGAGCACCAUGCUGCCGAAUCUCGCCCCCAACAGCCAGCAUGAAGAUGGCAUCGACAAGAGUCUCAACAUAUUACGGAGCAGUAGUCUCUCGGAAUCCGUCUUCAGGCCAUUUGCGGAGAAGCGUCAACCUCGGACAUCAAUGCUCGUCAAGGGCGCUCGGGCGCAGGGCGAGGUGCGGGUUGCCGUGGGUAGGGAGAAGGGCCGGGAGCGAGAUGAGAUGAUUGCGAAAUCGUACGAGGGCAAUGCUGCUGCUGUCGUGGCCAAGUUUGAGAAUCUGCUGAAGCAGCCGUUUUAG